AUUUCCUUUAGCCAUCUCAGAUUCAAUGUAGCAUACUAAUAGAAGCUUUAAAUCAUUUGUUCUCUCUAUUUCUGUCAGUAUAAUUUUUUUUUCUUGAUUAAGUGUCUGAAUUGUUUAAAAAAAUAUUUAAAUUUUAUGCAAAGUCAUACGAAGAUUAGUAUUCUCGGGAGCCAAGUAUUUUCUUAGAAUAUUAUAAUUAAGUAAUUUGUUAUGUAACAAAUAGUAUCUAUAGCAACCAUAUGACGCAGGCAAAGUUUCAGUUAAUCAAUGAAAUUUAGUAGGCUAAAGAAAUAUUUUUAUUUAUAAAUAUUUGAAUAAUGAUUUUUUAUUUUUUAUAAAAUUAAAAUUUUUCAAAACUUGACUCUUAAAUACUUAUUUGAAACUUACUUUUACUAUAAUUAAUGUCGGAAAAGAAAAAAAAUAGUGAUGAUAUUGUGGCGGUUUGGAAAGUACCUUUAGCUGGCGGAGUUCAUGAAGUAGAAUUUGAACAUGGAACUGCUACAGGAAAAAGAGUUAUCAGAUUAGAUGGCAGAAUUAUACGAAGAAAGGAAUGGAUGUUUCGACUUAUUGGAGAUGAAAUUUUUAACAUAGAAAAUACUCAAUGUAUUAUUAGAGUUGAACCUGAUGGUUUGUUCAUGUACACAUAUAGUUUAUUAGUUGAUGGGAAACCAUUGAAUAAUUAUUGUGAAUAUAUGUCGAAAACUCGUUCGGUUUGGAUAGUGUCAACAGAUGGUGUGGAUAAACGAAUUACGCUGGACAAAGAGACUAUGGAUAUAUUUAUCGACGGAGUUAAAAUAACAGACACUAUGCCUGAAUUUAUUGAUAAUGGAACACAAACACAUUUUUUUAUUGGUGAAGUAAUGGCAACAUUAAAAACUGUACACAGCGGUGAUAAAAAAGUUGGAGUCGUACACAAUAUAUUCAUAGACGGAAAGCAAAUUAAAGAAUUAUAA